UUAUCAAUCGCACUUUUCACUGAUAACAAAAUUGCCGAUUUGAUUUUUGAACUUCGAAGAUUUGAAAUCGAAAUGAGAAAAAUUAAAGAUAUCCGUGCUUACUCCUUUCGCCAAAAAAAAUAUUGAAAUUUGUUCGAUAUCUUCAUGCAGAGUAUUUAUAAAAUGUCUAAUCAAGUCGGUUACUAAUUUCCUUGCUUCAUGUUGGAACAGACACCAUCCUGACCAUAAAAUUUCCAGUUGAAAUCGCUGUUUAUCCCUACGGUUUGUAGCUGAUAGGUAUUUCAAAAAAAGCCAACAUUCAAUAUGUUUACCACCGCUAUCCGAAGUUUUCACACCAGCAAUGCAUUGAAUCAUAUAAUGAAGCUUACACGACUUCGAGUAGUAGAUAAUAGUACCAUAGGAAAACAAGCCAUGGCCGAGGGGAAACCACCUUACUGCAUUCAUGUUUAUAAUAAGACUGGGAUUGGUACUAUAGGUGAUGUAGUUUUAGUGGCGAUCAAAGGAGAGAAGAAGAAAGGAAUUAUUGUCGGCGUCGUAAAAACUCAAAAAUCUAAUAUUCCUAGAUUUGACACGAAUAAUUUAGUUUUGAUAGAUCAUAAUGGUUCUCCUUUGGGUACAAGAAUUCAUGUACCUAUUCCUCAUAUUUUAAGAACAAGAUUGAAAGAAAAGACUUUUUCGAAGGGAGCUGAUUACACUAAAUUAUUGUCUAUUGCUACGAGAUUCGUUUAAUGUCUACUAUCACUUGGUAUGGGUACUUAUCAAGUUUACACCAUCUGUAGAUUUACUGUAACAAACAUUUUUUAAUAUUAAAAUUUAUUUCCAUUGUUUUCAUCGA